UCGUAGCACGUUCAUUCCUCCCUUCCUUCCUUGCUAGCAACCCGACCCAACAAGCUAUCGAGAAAGACUAUUUAACGUUAUAAUCUGAAUAUUAUGAAUUGAUUGACUGAUUAGUGUACUUAAUUUCAGUUUCCCCUAUCCCAAAAAGAAACAAACUUGUCAAAAUGAACAUAAGAAACGCAAGGCCGGAAGACCUUAUGAAUAUGCAGCAUUGCAACUUGCUGUGUCUUCCAGAGAACUAUCAGAUGAAAUAUUAUUUCUAUCACGGACUGUCCUGGCCCCAGCUUUCAUACAUUGCAGAAGAUGAAAAUGGAAAAAUAGUGGGAUAUGUGCUAGCAAAGAUGGAGGAGGAUCCAGAUGAUGUACCCCAUGGACACAUCACAUCCCUGGCAGUGAAACGCUCCCACAGACGACUGGGUUUGGCUCAGAAGCUGAUGGACCAGGCCAGUCGGGCCAUGAUAGAAAAUUUCAAUGCAAAAUAUGUCUCGCUUCAUGUUCGCAAAAGCAACCGGGCAGCUCUGCACCUGUAUUCAAACACACUCAAAUUUCAGAUCAGCGAAGUAGAGCCUAAAUACUAUGCAGACGGGGAAGAUGCGUAUGCCAUGAAAAGAGACCUGGCGCACAUGGCUGACGAGGUCCCACAGCUGAGAAAGCCUGGGGUGCGUGUUUCGGGUCAGGAGGCGCCGUCUGGACAAAGUCCAUCAGGGUCUGGAGACCAGGAGAGAGAGAGUGAGAGAGACAGCGGAGGAGAGAGCAAAGAGCUGAGUGAAGUCAGCGAGGCAACAGAAAGCACAGAUGUGAAAGAUUCUUCAUCUGAUUCACAAUGACGCUGCAGGCCUAGAUAUUUUUUAAUUCAACCUUCAUUUCCUCUUUUUAUCAGCCAUUGGCAGAAUCUUGGGCUUUCCAAAGCGUUUGUCUAUUACAUCUGUUUCCAUAUUUCCAUCACUGGUUUUCUUAAGUCUUUCUCUCUAUUUGCAGUGAUGAAUAAAGAGUACCCCAUAAUGACAUGAAUUGGAUUGUUAUCUUCAGAAAACUCAACAUUUUUAUUGGCUUAAUGUUGGUUGUGGCCAAAAAUUCAGUCACAUUUAAAAGAUUGAUAAUGAACUGUGAUUUUCAUUUGUCUUAAUUAGGUCUCUUAUUUAACACAUUACCGCAAAUAAAUCUUUGAAAUAAAA